AUGAACUCCAUCCUCUUCUACUUCCUCCUCCUAGCCUUCCUCGACUUUGCUGUCGUCCAAGCACUACUCAUAACAGCCCGCCUGACGAAGAACCACAUCCUCACUUUCUACGGCCGCUCAGUAGCUUCCUUUACAGCUCUAGCUCUCUGCGCGGUCUAUGGCACGAUCGCCUCAGCUUGCUUGAACGUUUUUGGCCGUGGUGGCCUAGGCCAAUGGACAACUGCCAGGGCCUUCAAGUACUGCAUGCUCUUGUUCACUGGGAUCUGGUUCGAGGUACAGGAUGAGGGCGAUUGGUUGAACAAGACGAGACCGGCGGUGUUGGUGGGGAAUCAUCAGACGGAGCUGGAUGUCGAUGUGAUUGGGCAUGUGUUCCCGCCUUAUUGUUCGGUGACGGCGAAGCAGAGUCUGAAGUGGAUCCCUGUCUUGGGGUGGUUCAUGUCGCUUUCCAAAACCGUCUUCAUCGAACGUAAAUCGCGCGACCAAGCUGUCGCGGCGUUCGCUCGAGCAGCAGAGCAGAUGCACAGUAUCCAGCAAUCCGUCUUUAUCUUCCCAGAAGGCACGAGGUCGUACUAUGACCACCCGGACAUGCUACCGUUCAAGAAGGGUGCUUUCCACUUGGCUGUACAGGCACAGGUGCCGAUCAUACCGGUCGUGGUGGCGAACUACAGCAAUGUGCUUAAUGUGAAGAGAAAGAUUUUCAAUCAGGGAACGAUUCCUAUCAAGAUACUCGAGCCUAUACAGACAAAGGGGAAGACUAAGGAGGAUGUGGAUGCGCUUUUGGAGGAGGUCAGAGGGAAGAUGGUGGCGGAAUUGAAGAAGCUUACGUCGCGUGCGAGGGAGGAGGGCGUGGCGGUUCAAGCACGUGAGGCUACUGCUACAAAGGUGAAUGGUGCGGCGAAGGCUAGCGGUGUUGAUGCGAGGUACAAUGCUGCAGCCUGA